GAGAGAGAGAGAGAGAGAGUACUCCUUUACAGUCAAUAGGGAAGCUCCUAUGAACAACUUUUUACUCACAUCACCAAAAGGAAAGUGGAUGGAGAAAUCAGAGCCACCAAAGGCAUCAAAUUUCGAAGAUGAUGUCGAUUUCAUCAGUAGCAUGCCGGAUGCAAUUCUUCUUUUGAUUCUCUCCCGUCUUUUAUCUACAGAAGAAGUAAUUCGGAGCAGCAUAUUGUCCAGACGAUGGAAGUAUUUGUGGACUGCAGUUCCCUCUUUACACAUACGUUACAGACGUGAAUUAAAAAAAACCAAAUUCAUAGAGUUUGUGUAUUGGGUUCUAGCAAACAUAACCGUCAAUUUGGAUAGCUUUCGUCUAUAUUGUGGUGAUUACUACUGUAUGUCAACAGUCUGGCGGUGGAUUCAUGUGGCAGUUCGGAAAAAUGUCAAAGAACUUCACUUGGAGUUACACCCUAAUAAGCUUACCGAUGUAUUCGAGAUGCCCCAUUGUCUGGCGACUUGUGGUUCAUUGGAGGUAUUAAAGUUGUAUUUAUCGGCUCGUCUUCUAAGGUUGCCUAAUAUUAUGGGGUUUCCGGCACUUAGGGUUCUUGAUUUGACCUACGUUGACUUGGAAGACGAUAAUUUGAUUAAUAAUUUUCUUGAAAGCUGCCCGUUGCUUGAGGAGUUGAGUUUGAUAUGCUGCUUCAUGAACGAACUUGCUCUUCUACGUAUUUCAAAUCCGAAUCUCAAAAGGCUGAGAAUUGACAAUAACGAAAAUUUGCUAAUGUGCAGUGGCAUUAAGAUUUGUUGCCCAAAACUGGUGGAUAUGGAUUUAACAGGUAAUAUAGCUUAUCGCAUUUUCUUUGAAUGUCUAGACUCCUUGAAGGUAGUUGUGAUUCAGCCUAAAUUUGAGGGGAUUACCAAAUCUGUGUUGUUUCCUGGAAUUUCUCGUGUGGAACAUUUGUCUAUCGACCUCUUCUUCUUCCUUGAGUGCAUUUAUGCUGCACGUGAUCCGGUUUUACCUAAUCUGAAGACUUUGGUGAUUAAAACAACUAUGGAUGCCUUCACCAUGGAGAACUUCAACAAAGUUCUCAAAUAUUAUCCCAAAUUGGAGUCGCUCAAGUUGAUCAUUAAACAGGAUUUUGAUGAAAAAUACGAGUGGUUGGAUGAAGCUGAAACAAGGGAAAUCUUGACUAGUGAUGUGGAAAGGGUCGAGUUUUUCGAAUUCAAUGGAGAAAAACCGAAACUAGUUAUAGACUGGUUUGAAGAUUUAUUGCAUUUGUUUUUCACUUGGGGUGAUUUUGGGGACAGGUUCCCUUAUUGGUUGUAAUUGUCAAACUAAUUACUGUUUUGAAGAACUGGUUUUACAAGCAUUAUGGUAAACUUGAAGUAGUACCUACCUAUCCAUGUGAUGGGGUAACUAGAUUUCUUUGUCUUAUGUGGAUG